AUGGUCGGCACACGCAAUCGCCCCAAGGGUUACGAUAAGCCCACCCAAAGCUCCAUCAGUAAGCAACAGCCCCGCAAGCGCCAGAGUGCUCAGGACGAAUCUUCCGAAUCUCCCCCCAGGAAGCCGCCCCCCAGGCCUCCUGGAAGGCCUUCUAAGGCGCCAGCUAAGGACCCUGUCGACUCGGAUGAGUACAACGAGCCGGACGAGGCCGAGAGCUCGAGGGAGUCUGGCGAUGCAAGCAACUCAGAAAACUCCAGCAAGUCCCAGGAUCCGGCUGAACCCGUUGACUCCGGCAAGCUUGGAAAGAAAGCCGCAAAGAAUCUCAGAAGGAAGAUGAAGAAGAGAAGCAAAAAGUCCCCUGGUGAAUCGGACGCUUCCGAGGAGUCGAACAAGGGUGAGAAGCCGCCUGCAAAGGCAAAGCCUAAGAAGAGAGGAAGAAAGCCCAAGAAUAAGACAGGGCAAGAGGACACCCCGUCCGAAAGUGACGACGAAGACCAGAACGCCGAUUCGGGUGAGGCUCGUAGGCGCAACAGACCACCCAACAAUGCCCCCAAGGCCGCAAUUGCCUUCGACAAAGUCUGGAGAGAAUACCUAACGGAGCACUUCAUCAACAAAGACGAGAAGUUACGUUACACAAGAAGGAUCUUUGAUCUUUUGGAGAACAGCUCACUGCGCCAUCUGCCGCCAGAGUUGGCGGGUGCUGAGCAAGCCCAGCGCCAUUGGGAGGCGCUGCUUCUGCCGGCCAACCGAGCCCUUAACACCUUCAACAAAUCAGCAGCGUAUCGCAUAACCAAGCGGAAAGCCUGGAACUUUGAAAUCACCCUUAAUCCAAACAGAACAAAGAUGCUCGAUCAAGAAAACAAGGUCUCUGCGAUGCUCUCAUACGAUGUCAUUCCGUCGACGAAUGCCGAUCUAGCCUGCAAGGUCGCAGAGGAGUUCAGGGGCUUAAUGAAUCGAUGGCAUCUACCCUGGCGGGUUGCUGGUGGAGGUGCCAUUAGAUCACUUCUUCUCGAAGCCGCCUAUCGGAACGUCGCAGGAACAACCAUUGCGUUUUGUAAAGGCCCUAAUGGCGUCACCGACGGGAUCGGUCUGGAGGCUAGAUCUCUCGGCGAAGAAGGAGAGAUCCUUGAGCACAAGUUCAGCAUCACUCAUUCAAAGAUUCCCGAGGAUUUCGAUAUCGCAUCAGUCCCGGAUCCUAUGCCUGGUGUAAGAUGGGGCACGUCUGUCACCCAUUCGGACGUGCCAAGAAACUUUAAGCCCAAAAAGUUGCCCAAGGGCUGGACGGAGAAGAAAUGGGCUGCUGCAACGAAAUUCAUGCUGUUCUUUGAAAACGUUUUCGGCUCAAAGAAGUCUACGAGAGGCACUCCAGGUCAUCUGUACGGAAGAAGAAGACUGUUGUGCGCUUAUCUAAGACCUGAUCACAGAGACUACCGUGUCGUUCCUUCGAAUUCCGUGCUUAAAGACCUUGGCUUCCAACAGAGCGAUGUUGCUAGCUUCUUCAUGUCUGUUAAGUCCACUCUAGCUCUUCGUGUGGUGCUCGCCUUAGAUAUUGGUUACAAGACAUACAGCUUGAAAGCCGACCCUCGCUACACGAUCCUCGCUGUUGCCGAGGCAAUCGACAUAAUAAAUCAGGAGAUUUCGGAGGGCGUCCCCCCUACAGCGGGUUGUGUCUGCACGAAAGCCCAGUGCAAGUUCGAAUUCCAUCCUUGCGCGGUUUGCUUAGACCCGGCGCUUUGCUCUACCCUGAUCUACAACUCUGAUGGAGUUAGAGUGUGUCCAGGAUGCAUCAGAACCACCAAGGACGUUGAUAAAUUCGCAAAGGCUAUUAUUAGGGAGCGGCUGCGCUGGCUCGUUCGUUAUGAGGCCAUGCAAUUAGGUCGUGAUCACAAGAACGAGGCCCACGAACGUCUAAAGACAAAGUGCAUUGACGAGCUUUGCGUAACACUUCCUAACCAGUCAAACGGACCAGCCUAUUGCGAUGCAUUCGCAGACAACGAGGUUGUUAUAAUCCCCGAGGAGAUGGCAACUACUGGUCGUAGGAUGCAUCCUAACUCCAUAAGCAUCGACGCUAAGCUGCUCCGCGUGCACGCUGAAGGCAUCGGCUUAAUGGGUCACGCUCCUAGCAAUGUACACAUAACUCGCGCCUCCAUCAACAGAGCGAAGUUCGUAUGGCCUCCAGGAGUUCUCGCACUGCUUACGCGUUGGAUCAAGGAUGCUAAAGGUCGACAGGCAUACGCCCAUAAGUUCAUGCAUUAG